CGCGUGGGUACUUGCCCGAGCCUGUCAAUUUGCUCUGCAUUUUUCCCUCAUUCCCUGACCGUCGUCAUCCCUGCUUGUUGCUAACAAACCUCGAAUAUAAUGCCUUAAUAACCCCCCGGCCCUGCCUGCCUGUUCCCACCCAUACACACUUUCGGUCUCUCGCCUUCCUCUCUGUGAUAAUUUCGACAUUUGCUACCCAAAAUCAAGCCUUUGCUGGCCCAGUUCAUGGUACGCGCCUGUAUUACACUUCUCUACAGGGUGUGAGCGCCGGAGAGGCGCUCUCCGAAUCCAGAAAGACGCCCGCCGCAUACGCACCGCGACGCGAUUGGACGGAACGUAUAUACGGCCACGCUCUGCGUAACGCAGUGUCUUCCGCCAUAAAUCUGCAUUGUGCGAAUGCGACCGACGUGAAGGGAAAAGGGGUGAAAUACAUAACACCGCCAAAAUGCCGGGCAUUCUUCCUAUGAAAGUUAUCAAGGUGGGCAAUAGCUCACAGAGCCGCAUCGCUCAGGCCUGCGACCGGUGCCGCAGUAAGAAAAUCCGCUGCGAUGGCAUCAGACCUUGCUGUUCUCAAUGCGCCAAUGUCGGGUUUGAGUGCCGCACGAGCGACAAGCUCAGCCGCCGUGCCUUCCCUCGAGGCUACACCGAAUCAUUAGAGGAACGGGUGCGAGCGCUGGAGGCGGAGGUUCGCGAGCUCAAGGACCUGCUGGAUGAGAAGGAGGAGAAAAUUGAGAUGCUCUCUAAGAUGCACAAUAACCGCCGUUCACCCGCUGAGUCGGCCCACACCUUGCCAGCGACUGAGAAGAAGGACGCUGCACCGCCCAAGGAGGACACGUUCCGAGUCCAGGCUUCACCGCUCCUACUCGGCGUGGAAAAUUCCGACUCCUAUUUCAUGGGUGCUUCAAGCGGCCGGGCCUUCAUCGAAUCUUUCAAACGCAAGCUCCAGGAGAAUGGGAAGUCGUGCGCCGAGUUCAACCCGGAGGCCUUCCUACAUAUUCAGGGGUGCUACCCGCUCACGGCAAAGUCGCCCGCUCAAACCAUGAGGAUACCGCCUCGAUUGUUCUCCGAUCGAUGCGUCAAUGUCUACUUCCAGGAAUGGGCUCCGUUGUUCCCUGUGCUUCACAAGCCUACUUUCCUUCGCAUCUAUGAGGAGUUCGUUGCCGACCCGGAGAAGGUUAAGAGCAAUCAUAAGCUGGCUCAGCUCUAUCUAGUGUUCAGCAUUGCCGCGCUGUCAGGAGAACAACCGGAUCUCCACCAAAUCGCCGCCUGCGAACAGCAAUGGCAGCGAUCCCUGGAGGCUGUUCUGAUGGACAACACCAUGAUGACUCUGCAGUGUUUAUUACUUGCUUUGAUUUAUUGCACCAUCCGGGCCGAUUACAAGAGGGUUCAACAUUAUAAGGGCAUUGCCGUCGGACUGUCGCAUCGUCUAGGACUGCACCAGAGCCAGAAGAGGUUUUCGUUUGGUGUGCUCACUAUUGAGACGCGGAAAAAGGUCUUUUGGACUCUUUACUCGCUUGACUGUUUUUCCGCCGCCAUGCUCGGCCUUCCCAAACUUAUCAAGGAGGAAGACGUGCAUGCUGAGUUCCCUUCGGACGCCGACGACGAGUAUGUCACCGAGAAGGGCUUUCAGCCCAGCCUCCCUGGCGAGGCUACACGACUGUCAAGCGCUUUGGCGCUAUUCCGAUGUUCCAGAAUCCUCGGCAAAGUCUUGGAAAAGAUCUACCCGUCCUCAACUUCACACGAACUCUCGCUCCAACAAAUGUCAGCGCUUGCGACCGAGCUGGAUGAAUGGUAUGAGAAGCUACCCCAGCAUCUCAGACUCAACUUCAAGCAAGACAAGCCAUCUACCGAUGUGACCGGUAGCAGGUCACCCAUCUUGGCUCUUGCAUACUACUACACCCGUACUCUUAUUUACCGGCCAGCUGUAACGUCUAGCCUUGGUCCUAAAGCUGCUCCAGCGCUGAUCUCAGUGGGAGAGUCGAGCAAGCAUAUCAUCCAAAUCAUUCAGCUUCUGGACGAGCGGAGCAUGUCCUUUUCUUUCUGCCUCAACAAAUCGGACACACUCAUUCUUUGCGGCAUGGCCCUGCUGUACCAAACCAUGGGUCUCAAGCAGGACAGCAAGGUGCUGAAAGAUAACGAGAGACUUGUCAAUGCGGUGAUUAAAGUCGUGGAAAAGGCAAAAGCGCCCGGCUCGUACGAUUUUAAGCGUGUCGCCGGACUGCUGGUCACCGUCGACGAGCCCGCCCCCCAAUCAUUACCGACUCCGCCAGGACAAAGCCCGGAUGUUGGUUUAACCGGUCCGGCAAUGCACCGGGCUUCCUCGACCACACUUCACAAGAUUCAGUCAACCCACGGUCGCCAUUCCAGGGCCAGCAUAAGUGAGACGGAUCUACUCCUGCAGCAAGAGAAGCUGCGCAGGAUGGCGAUGCAACAUGCGCAACCAGGCAGACCAGAGCAAUAUCCCGCGCGCUCACGUGGAUCGUUUGACAGCUCGAGGCCAACCGUGCCGCUGGCACAGCGCGACCAUAGACUAUCCCUGACCCACGCUCAGGCCGCACAAGCAGCAAUGAUCGCCCGCGUAUCGACAUCGCCAACCGUCCCCGCAAAGCAGAACAUUGACUAUCAUUACUCGCAGUCCCAGUCACAGCCAUCCUCCCCAGUAGAGGGACGCAGUGGACUUCAGCAACGCCCUCCGCCUGGGCCCCAACAGCAGCAAUCGCAGCUGUACGCUCAACUGCAGAAAGGGGCCAGUCUCUCGACCGCCGAGUGGGAGGCCAUCCUCAGCUCGAUCGAAGGCGGGCAAAUCAACGUCUACGACGCCAUGUACGGAGGGCCCGGCUUGACUGCGCUCGGGAUGGAUAAUGGAGGGAUAGAUACUACGGUUGCUAAUGCGGCGGCGGCAUGGUCGCCUGAUUCGUGGGACCUUGCAGGGUUUAACCUGGGAGACUUUGGUCCGGGUUCGGACUCGGUACCGGCGUCAGCACACAGCGUGCUGAGCAUGAGCGAGGACGGGUUGAGCUCGAGCGAUGAUCUGAUCAGCGUGGGCAGUAUGGACUUUGGUGGGGUCGGGGGCGGGCUACUGCCUGUGACAGCCGCUGAGGGGGAAGGGUUUGUCCUUGAGGGGUUUGGCCUGUGAGUGGGCUGUUCUCUGCUUGGUUAUCGUUGGUUGGUUACUUGCGACGUCUGGCGCUUGAGGGGUUACGUGUUUGUUCCAAAAGAGAUUGGUAAGUAUAUUACAGGACUGAAGGCGUCAGAUGGAUGGUUUUGCCUACGCGAGGUCUGGGCGGGCUUUCUCUUGGAUACCGUGUCUGGGGGUGAUCUGGGUUUGAAUGGAAGAGUGGCUGUGGUUAUGCAUCUUCCUUCUUCUUUGUUAACGUUAUGGCGCUUUCGCGCUGAGCGUUUACCAAGUACACAUUUUUUGAACCAAAAUAAAGGAAAUACCUGCACUCAACUGCCCCAUCCCCCUUACGAUGCAUGUUGCUUGGCAUGGCUAAUUCGGGAGAGGCAGCAACAGUUAGGCACUACAUAGACAACAAGGGCGGUACUGAGUACAAAUCACCAGUAUCACAGGACGACUCGCUCUCCGCCCUUUGAAACUCGACGGUGGGCU